CUCAUAUCCCAUGAUGCACCGGAACUCUUCCUCCUUUCUCUGCGGCCAUUUUCUCCCUGUGGAGGGAAUAAGUCGCCAUGGCCCCCAGCCGGAAUGGCAUGAUUUUGAAGCCCCACUUCCAUAAGGAUUGGCAAAGACGUGUGGCCACCUGGUUUAACCAACCUGCCAGAAAGCUUCGUAGACGAAAGGCACGUCAGGCCAAAGCCCGCCGGAUAGCUCCACGACCUGUUUCAGGGCCUAUCAGACCGGUGGUGAGAUGUCCCACUGUCAGAUACCACACUAAAGUGAGGGCUGGCAGAGGUUUCAGCCUUGAAGAACUUAAGGCAGCUGGCAUCAACAGGAGAGUGGCACGCACCAUUGGCAUCUCCGUGGAUAAGAGGCGCCGCAAUAAAUCUACAGAAUCCUUGCAGACUAAUGUGCAGAGGCUGAAGGAAUACCGUUCCAAACUGAUCAUCUUCCCACGCAAACCUUCUGCUCCUAAGAAGGGAGACAGCUCUGCUGAAGAGUUGAAGAUGGCCACACAGCUGACUGGACCGAUUAUGCCAAUCCGCAGCGUCUUCAAGAAAGAAAAGGCAAGAGUCAUCACCGAGGAAGAAAAGAACUUCAAAGCUUUUGCCAGCUUGCGUAUGGCUCGUGCCAAUGCAAGGCUAUUUGGUCUCCGUGCCAAGCGGGCAAAGGAAGCUGCCGAGCAGGACGUGGACAAGAAAAAGUAAACUUAUUCCUGGAACUGUUAAUAAUAAAAAAAACAAAACCUCAAA